CCCACCCAGAUGCCUGCGCAUCAUCGUAGCAUGCCUUGGCAUAGCCACGUCCGUAGCCAUUUUGGCUCGCCUGGUUUGUGCUCGGCGACUCCAGCUCAGCGCGGCCUGCCUCGUUACGUAAGACAUCCGAAAGCUCUCGCCAUGCGCCGCCACGGCAAGGCGCUCGCGGCCGCCGCCGCCGCGCCCGCGGGCACGCAGCUCCUGCGCCAGGAGCGUUCGUGCCCAGCCCGCUGCGCGCCCCGGGCCGCCGCCGCUGCGGCCGCCGUGGCCGGGCUCGCACAGGCCGCGGUGCUCGCGGCCCCCAUCGUCUACGCGGCGAAGAAAAUCGGUGAUGCCUCGUACGACUUCGCCAAGUCCGUGGACCGGUACAGCCCCGCUGUACCUGAAGCCCCCCAGGUCGUUCCAGGCGGACGGGGCGACGACGGCCAUCGAGAAGAUGAUCGUGAUGGGUGCGAAUGCCGACGCCGUGCUGCUCACGAUGGCCGCGGAGGCCAACCACAAGGCCAUCCUCAACAUCGGCGCGAGCAAGAACGGCGCAGCUUCGCGCGCGGCCUGGGGUGAGGUGGUCGCCGCCCUCGGCCGCGUGAUCGCCUCGGCGCCCGAGGAGACCGUGACGGACGUGUACAACGCCAUCGCCGCCAUUGCCCACCCGGGAGUGCCGGCGUACCUGAAGUCCAUGGCCAAGGGUUCCGCGUCCGACGCGGCGUGCGCUGGUUUUCUCGAGUUCAGGGAUGUCGUCAGGGCCAGCCAGACCAGCCAGGCCGUUGGCUCUAUCGUGGCCAAGGGGGACGCGAUCGGCGCCGUUGCGGAGGAGCUGUCCGAGGCCUCGCACCGUUUCCUGAAGGAGAUCGAUUGGAAGUCGGACCUGUGCUUCCAGCCGCCCCCAUGGGGUCACCGCGAAGCAGGCUCUCAAGGCCGCGGACAAGGCCAUUGUCAUGGGCUCGAAGAUUGGCGCCAGGACGCUCAAGGCCGGUGCCGAGGCGUGCGCCUAGGCCCUCACGAGCAUGGACGCCAACGGCGUGACCUCCCUGAAGGACUAAACGACCGUCAACGCGGCCAUCGGGCAAAUGAUCGUUUCCACGCCGACCUCGAAGGUGAUGGACGUGUACGCCGCUUUCGCUGGCGUCAUCGAGCCCGAAGUGCCUGGGGGCCUGAUGUCCGGCGUCGAAUCCGCGGGCGCCAGCAAGGCGCACGGCGCUUUCCUCGAGUUCGACGACGUUGUCAAGGCGGAGCAGGCCGCCUGCAAGGCUAACCAGAUGGGUUUCUCUUUCCAGCGCUGAGUGCCUCGGGGUGUCCCCGGGCCGUUUACUAUGCUAUGCUUUCAAGCGGGGAUGACAGGCGGAGCCGCCUGCUCCGCCCGCGUGCCGCUCCCCCCAAGGCUGCGUAAUUCUGCUCGGGAGGCCCAGCGGCGCCCCGCGUGCCCCGCUGACGGGCGUUGUGCGAGUCGUCCUCGCAAGGUCAGAACAAUGUCUACGCGAGGCCAUGUGGAUGCCAAGGCGUGCCACUGCUGAUGCCUGGGCAUCCGGAUGGGUAUGCCUAUGCGUGCAUCGAGGGAUGCAUCCAUGGACGUAGCUGGGCAUGGCUGGGCGUGGCAGAUGCCUGGGCAUCGACCUGGUGAUGCCCAGGGGUGGAACUGGCGAUGUCCGGGCAUCGGGGUGACGGUGCGCAGGGUGGGCGCCGAUGGUUCAAGGUGCCAAAGCCAGUGGGGCGUGUCAAG